ACCCUUUCACCUCAUCACCAAGUUUUUCUUAUUUAGCUCCUCCUCCUCCUCCUCUGGCCUUACUUCUUCACGGCAGACCCUUUCAUUUUGCUGUCUUUGAUCUGAAAUCUUUCUUUGAUCAAGUCUCUCCAAGCUAGCUAUAGAUAUGAAGGUGAGGAUCAGCUCUCUUUAUAUAUCUUCUGUUAGAUGACAUGCAUGCGUGCGUGAAAUUAAGAAUCAUGAGUAAAGAAAGCCGUGUUGAAAUUGGAUUUGCAUGACGACAAAGCCAAGACAAAAGCCAUGAAGAAAGUCUCUAGCCUUUCAGGGGUGGAUUCAAUAUCCAUGGACAUGAAGGACAAGAAGUUGACAGUGAUAGGGGACGUUGAUCCAGUACACAUAGUGAGCAAACUGAGAAAGCUAUGUAACACAGAAAUAAUUACAGUAGGACCAGCAAAAGAGCCAGAGAAGAAGAAGGAAGAACCCAAGAAAGAAGAGCCAAAGAAGCAAGAAGAUCCGAAGAAGAAAGAACAAGAUGCUGUGGCCGAGCUGGUCAAGGCCUAUAAUCCUCCCAUGACUGCAUAUUAUCAUGUUAGAAGUGUUGAAGAGGAUCCAAAUGCCUGUGUAAUUUCUUAAUUAGAUGUUAAAUAAAUAUUAAUAAGAGAUGAACUAGGUGAAAAAUAAAUUUUUAUAUAUAAGUUGUGAUUUUGGAAAAUUCGGUGUUAUAUAUUUGAAAUAGACUACAGUACAAGCUUGUAGUGGGAUUGCUCUAUAUUUAAUGAAUUGUGGGUCUUAUUUUGGAAUUA